GCCGGUACGAGCAACGGAGCCACGUGAGCUCAGUUUGGAGUCGGCAGUGGCGGGAAGCGCGCGUCUACCGGUCGGAGAGCGGCUGCCGACGGUUUUUAAAUACAAGGAUUACCUUCCAAGGAAAUAUCAGAAAAGAAAAUUAGCUAUUCUAUAUUUGAUACUGCAAAGUUUGUACAAGUCAGAAAAUAGAUUAUAAAAAAGUGGCAACAUUGAGAUGGAAAACAUCUUGGAUACUACCCCGGAAGUCAUCAUAAGUGAACGUUUACGUCCUAAUUUUACAGUUAAUAAAUCUGUGUUAGAAGGUGGAUUUGCUAGCUUACCAAAAAGGAGAAACUUUAAUAUUUGUGAGCUAGCCAAGGAAUACUUUGCUGAUUCUGCUCACCAAUCAAAAAUUAACAGUGGAGGUAGAAUCAAUGAAAAGAAUGGUGGAUUAUUGCAGCAAGUGAAUGGAGAAUUUCAGCAAAAUUUUCACAUUGAAGGACAAAGAGUUCAGCAUCAAGCCGUUACCCCCUCAACUUCUCCAUCGCUAUCAACUGAGGACCUUAUUAAUUUUAGUCCUAAGAAAACAUCUGCCACAUCUUCACUGCUGUCUCCCAUUAUGCUAUGCAGUUACUGUGGACUCCAAGGUUCAAAUCGAUGUUCACAGUGCAAGCAAGCAUAUUGUUCACUCAAGUGCCAGAAGAUUGAUUGGCCAGUCCACAGAUCACUUUGUAAACCACCAAAACCACUUAAGCCUGAGGACCACUUGAGGUUACCCAAAGAAAAGAUGCCCAUGGAAUACAAGAUUAAAUCUUCUCUGUGCGUGAAUACCAAGAAAAUGGCAAAGAAAAUUAAAUUAAGUGACCUGAGAUGCAAGGAACUGCCAAAAGAAUCAAAUUUGCAGAUUGUUGUUACAGAAUUCAAAGACCCAAAUGAGUUUUAUGUGCAAAUACUCACUCUGGAAAAUUUUGAGGCUUUAAGAGCAAUUGAAUUAUCACUGAUGGAGGCCUUUGCCAAUGUGAAUAACCUGGAUGACUAUAUGCCAGAUGAAGGAGAAAUAUGUGCAGCAAAAUUUUCAGGGGAUCAGAAGUGGUAUAGAGCAUUAGUUCAAGAUGUGAAUAUUGCGCAGAAGAAGGCAAAUAUUCUGUACAUUGAUUAUGGAAAUGGAGAAACUGUUCCACUAAACAAGAUUCAGCUAUUGGACAUUGAGAUGGCUCUCUCACCACCUUGUGCAAUGAAAUGCUGUGUCGCAAAUGUCCCAAAGCAUACUAGAUGGGAUGAAGACUGCAUUUCAUCAAUCAAGCUUCAGCUUUUACAGAAGCCUUGCUCCAUGACCAUCAUUGAGAAAUUGAGUAAUAUGUCCUGUACUGCUGUGGAACUCGUGAUGCCUUCUGGAAAAUUAUUAGAGAAGUACAUCUUAGAAAAAGAGUAUACUGUGACACGAGAUAAUGAAACUAACACUGCAGGUCCAGGACAAAAUUACCUCAAAAAGCCACAUAAUAAAAAUGAGGCAGAGCAUGAACCUGGAGGGAGCUUGUGCGUUGAAGACGUUGCUGUCAUUGUAUCACACAUUGAAACACCAAGCAACUUCUUCUGUCAACAACUAGCUCGUAGAUACGAGUUUCAAAAACUACAAAAAGCAUUGACUGAAUAUUGUAAUAACUUAACUCCAGUACCAAGUUAUAGACCAUCAAUUGGAGAGAUGUGCUGUGCUCAGUUCACAGAAGAUCACCAGUGGUACAGAGCUGCUGUAAUAGGUUACUUCCCUGAGGAUAUUGCUAUGGUGGGAUAUGUAGAUUUUGGAAAUCUUGAAAAGCUCCAUUUGAGCCACCUACGUUCAAUCCAAGAAGAACUGCUGGAAUUGCCACAUCAGGCUUUGAAAUGUGCUUUGGCAGGUGUGAAGCCUUUAUAUGAUACUUGGUCUUUGGAUGCCAUAAUAAGGAUGAAAAGUCUGGUGAUGAAUAAAUGUCUAAAAUCUAGAACUCUAGCAAAGAAAGAGAACCUCUUAUUUGUGGAACUUGUAGAUGAAACAGCAAAUCCAAUUAUUAAUAUCAAUGAACAGUUAAUUGCAGAAGGAUUAGCUGUUAAAAAAGUGGAAGGACAAGUAACUCCCACUUUGGAAAACAAUGAAACAUUGGUCAGAGGAAACAUGCAUGCAAAGUUGUGGAAGACUGUAGAGCUGCCUUUGAACUGUGUGGUACCCAUUAAGGUGAAAGAAAUAAUAAGUCCUGAUGUUUUCUAUGUUCAUAUUAUUGGCACUCAAGAUUUGAAUAAAUUAAGCUCAUUGAAUACUGAGUUAAAUGAACAAUGUGGAGCUCAACCAGAGUGUUCUGCAUUCAAGCCUGAAGUUGGUGAUGCUUGUUGUGUAAGACUUGCAGGUGAUAAUUGCUGGCAUCGUGCAAUUGUACUGAAUUGUUCUGAACCAGUACUGAAGGUUAUCUGUGCAGAUUAUGGAAAUGUUGAAACUGUAUCUCUUGGAAGGAUUAAAUGUAUUAAACCAGAACUUUUGGAACAUCCAUUUCAAGUUGCAAAGUUUGCACUAGCAGAUGUUGAACCAGAAUUUGAUGAAUGGACUCCUGCAGCCAGCAACUUCCUCAGAACUCUUCUGCUUGAUAAAAAUGUUUUGGCAACAAUUAGAGAGUUUGAUGGAAAUAUCCACACUGUUGAAUUGAUUGGGCAUUUUGAAGGCGCUGCCAUUAAGGUAUCUGAUAAAUUGGUAUCAGAAGGUCUGGCUAAAUCCCCUGUUAGGAAAGCAACUAAAGAAGUUCAAAAUCAAAGAAGUUGCUGUUGCAGAGAUCUUCAGAAAAGUGUGGAAGAAAUCAAGCAACAACUUGCAGUGCUAAUGAACAAAAAUAAUGCAACAAUUAUGUGAUAUUAACAAAAUUAAAGAUAAAUCUCCAUUGAAAGAAUGACUGUAUUUAAAUAUUUUUCCUUUUGUUUUGACAAGUACAGAAGAAAAUUAUUAAGAGAAGCAAUGUUCGUUUACUUUGUUAUCUUUGUAUCUUGUGUUCAUUAUAAAUAGUUAAAAAACUGAAGGAUUGUUUCAAAGGAAAAGCCAAAGUGAAGGAAAUGCAAAGCAACUGUCUUUAUCUGGAAGUAGUAUUUAUCAGAUUGUUCUACAAUUUUAACCUGCCAAAAAAAACCGUUCUUUCAUUGUCCAUAACCAGAAAAAUCUUUAAAGUUAUUAGAUCUUCAUAAAAUACUUUGUCAUGGCCUCAGUACUUUCCUUAGUUGAAAAUACUUGGUUACAUUUUUGGAGCACAUCAUCCAUGUUGCAGAUGGUGUGAUGAGCAAUCAUAACAUUAUUAUUGUUACUUCGCACAUUCAGUGUCUUUCAAAGUAAAUUGUGAAAAUAUUUAAUUGCAGUUUUUCUUAUUAUGACAAUCAUAGGAUGUAACAAAGCUCUUUACAGCCAAUGAAAUACUUUUGAUAUUAGUUGAUCUGUUUUGAUUGUGAUAUUGAAAAUGCUACACUGAAAUGCCAGUCUAAAUUGCAUGCAUAGUCAUUAAUGGGCAUUUUUAAAUCCAUAUUUCCACAUGACAUAGGAGGCCAUUUUGACCCAUUGUGUUCAUGCCAACUCACAGGGCAAUCCCAUUCCCUCAGUAAUUUUUCCCCGUAACCUACUCUCCCACACUUCCAUCAACUCUCCCCAGAUUUUACCACUUGGCUAUACACUAGGGACAGUUCACAAUAGCCAAUUAACCUCUCAAUCUGCACAUCUUUGGGACAUGGGAGGAAAUCUGAGUUUGCAGAACAUACAAACUCCAAACAGACAGCACCUGAGGUCAGGAUUGAACCUGAGUAAUUGGAGCUGUAAGGCAGCAGUUCAACUAGUAAUGUCACAAUGGUUUAUGGUUAAAUGCAGAUUUCAUAUCUGAAGUCUGCCUGAACAUAGUCAUUAUGGCCUGAGCCCAUUUUAUGAUUUACAGCAGUGAUGCUACUGAGCUAAAUUGACACAUUGUAUUGACCUGUAUUGUUAAAAAUCCUACCACGCACUAUUUGAGAUUCCAGCUACAAUUCACCAUGAACCAGGAUUUCAUUUUGCAAAAUUCAAAUUCCUAUGUUUUACAUGGUUACUUUUCAUGUAAGCCAAACAAGUGCAUGGUUUUUUCUUGAAAUAGUUCUCGAAGGAGUUUUCUUCCUGGAAGCUGCUGCUGCCUGAGAACCUUGCAAAUCUGCUUCACUGUCCAGACAGAUCCUGGCUUUGCAGUAUUAUUUUGCAUCCUGUUGUUGGUGAGGAAGAUAAUGGAAACAAGGUUUCUCAGCAUUCAUAGUGCCCAAUGCAAGUCCGUUUUACUCCUAUUCAAUUUAGUAAGGAUCUUUCAUUCUCUGAAUUGACCCACUGCUAAUUUCCAGUAAGACUAAGCUAAUUUGUUGUUCUUUAAAGACACAAUAAUAAGAAUAGAAGAGAAAAAUGAAAGGAAAAUUAAAUGAGAUAAUUGUAUUGCCAUAUUUAUACCACACCAAAGAAUUCAGUAUUGAUUAUAUUUCACCUUGCAUGUUUGCUUUGUGAAUUUGGGUAUAACUGCUCAGUGGUUUUCUACUGCUAACGUGAUUUGUACAAUUGAAAAUGGGACUACCAAUCAUUAAAAUAUGAAUAAUAUUGAAGGCUGCCAGAAGUCCUUUCCACUUAGGAGUACUUCGAAAGACUUUAUACUAUACACUGUGUUAAGGCAACCAGUGCUCAUUCUUCAUGAUGGCUGAAUAUAAUUGUACUUGAGAAAUAGCAACUCACUUUUUUUUUUAGAAAAACCUGACAUUUAAAAGAUUGCAGAAUAAAAUGUCAAUAACUGAAAUGAAAAUAGCGCAAUGCUCAAUUAUUGUUUGGAUAAAAACAAGGUGACAGCAAACAGCUUUCUAGCAAGUCAUUGUGAGUGAGCCAAAUGAUGAAGAAGUUACCCCUUGGUGAGUGGUGGCAAGUGAUUAGCCUGCUUAGGGUAGCAUUGCUGACGUUAAUACUAACUUUGCCUGAUAUCUACUUAAAUUUAUCUCUUGGAAGUCGAUGGCAUUCUGCUUGUGCAUUAACAAUGGCAAAAAAAAAUGAGCCAUCUCCCUAGUUAUUCUAAAACUUUGAAAUUUCCUAGUUAUUGUG